AUGCAAUGUCGACGACGUUCAGGGCCGUGGAGAUCAAAAUUGGUGCGUUUAAGGGUCCUGAACGAGUGGCAUAAAACCACUCGACGGCUUGUGCACAAGGCAGCUGCUCGACCCAGAUUGGCAAGUCGCGAAGGCAUUGCCGAAACUGCCGAUGUUGUGGGUGCAGAUGCCAGGCCUGACGGCGACAAUGCUUCACCGCAGACCACCUUCAGGGAUUCCUUGCAGCGUUCGUCCCCGCGGCUGCCCCCACGUUCUCCAAUUCUCAGAGCAAUGGAUUCUCCCAUCAGGUCAAUGGUACGGUCUCACUCAAGCAAGAGAAUGCUUCUCAUGCAGCUUGCCCUCCUGCCGAUGAGUUUCGCAGCCAAGGCCAGGGCUCCACCAAAAUCGCCAUCUCUCAAGGCGCGAUCCACCCGUGAGAAGGCGGUUUCCGCGCCGCAGCAGGCGCCGCAGGCAGCCACUGCGAGGGGACGCGAUGUUCCUGCAGAGAUCAAAAGAAUACUGGCAGCAGUGUCGGCCGAGGAGAAGUUGCAGGUUGCUGCAAAUGCGGCUGAAGAGGAGAUUCUUCAAGCCUGGAAGAAGCUUGUUUUGCUUUUGCAUCCUGACAAGCUACAAAGACUCGACGAUGAGACGAGGAAGGAGGGAGCAGACGCAUUGCAUGAGGUCCAUGCUGCCAAAGAUGAAAUGCGCAGACGACAGCAGGAAGCUUGUGCCCAGGUGCCUGCGCAGCCCAAAGUGGGGGGUGCUUCACGCUGUCUUGAUGCCACACCAGGGGCACGAAAGUACGAGAUUUGCUGGACGCUGCCGGAUGUUCAGGAUCCCUCUGCUCCAGUGGAGAAGUAUGAGGUGUGGGGGCCCAGGCAUUGCUCAGAGCUCGGGGAGACAUACGAUUGGGUACUGCUUGCCACGUUGCCACCGUUGCAGCCGCAGUUCAUCAUCGUGGAGGAGGCUCCGACUCAGCAGGACGUGAUGUGGGCUGCUGAUCGAGUUCUUCGCCAAACUCUGUCGCUCGCGGUUCAUGCGGUCAACGGCAAAGGAAGCUCGGAGGCCCUUGGCUUUGAGCUUCCAUGGGCAUCUGCUUUUCCAUGGUUGGGAGGUAUGGGGUCGCUGGUGUGCAACCAGUGCUUGAGGCUUACACCCCGCGGGGGCCGUCACGGCUGGACUUCUUGUGCUGGCUGUGGAGCUGGUUUGGGUGCGGAGCUUGCCAUUGUGGUUCGCUGCACAGAAUGUGGCGGAGAGGUGCUGUGGCAGCGCAAUGCUCUGAGCUGCACGUGUUGCCGCCGGACGAUGGCGAUAAACGCUCCGCAGAGGCGCCGUGGUGACGCCAGGUACAAUUCCAGAAGCUGGUAG